AUGUCGGACACAGAACUGGGUCCUAGUGAAACACCAGAGGAGCCUAAAGCGGAUGAGGAAGUUAAACAAAAGCUAGUUCUAAUCGAGUUAAACCGACGUAAACGAGCCAGUAAACGUAGCACAACAAAAGCAAGGCAUCAUCUUGAGAAGUUAAUCGUUGAAAAGGCGGAGGUUGAUAUACAGGAACUGGAACAUCGUGUAGAGACACUGUGGCAAAUACUGGAAGAUACACAAGUUAUCAUGGAUGAAAUGUCUGCAUAUUUCAUGGAACAGAAAGAUUUCGAAAGUCAUAAGCUUGUGAUGCAAGAGUCGAAUGAGUUAGAGGGGAAUGUCAGAAGGUCAUUGAAAAGAUGCAGGCUGUUAUUGUUAAAUGUGCAUCAGAAAGCUGUGUGCUGAGUCCACCCAUACAGAAAACUGCCCCAAACACAGGGGGUGAAGCAGAAACCGAAGUCACAGAUAAUCAAGGGGUUUCCACUUCCGUAACUGGGGAUGAAGGUGAACUCGACAUAGCUGAUGACGUCACAAACUAG